AUGAAUAAAUCACAAUAAGAAGCUAUUCAGAAGAACCAUUAUGGCAAACUAGAAUACUGGGAAAGAAGAUAUUCAGAAAAUGAUAAACCAUUUGAAUGGUAUUAAAAUUAUGAUAACUUAAAAGACAUUGUUACACAAUACAUCAAUCAAAACAGUCGUAUUCUCAACAUUGGAUGUGGCAAUUCAAAUAUCCCUGAAGACAUGUACAAAGAAGGUUAUCAAUGGAUUGUUAAUCUAGAUUUCUCUAAAACAGUUAUUGAAUUCAUGAAAGAGAAGUUUAAGUCUUAUCCUGCUCAUUUUUAAUUUGUCUUGGCUGAUGCGAGAGAAUUGCCAUUUGCAAAUGAUUCAUUUGAUUGUGUCUUCGACAAAGGUCUAUUGGAUGCUGUCCUAAGUGGAGACUACUCAGCCCAGAAUUCUAAAAAAGUGAUCAAUCACAUCUACAGAGCAUUAAAAAAAGACACAGGUGUAUAUAUAAUUGUCUCCCAUGGAUUCCCUGAAUAGAGACUUCCAUAUCUAAGCAAAUCAGAAUAUAAUUGGAAGGUGACAUACAGUAAAGUUUAUAAACCUGAUGUAAGAACUAAAAGUUUGGAAUUCGAUGCUACAGAUCUUAAUAAUUAUCAUUUCAUCUAUGUUUGCAAAAUGGAUAGAUAUCAAGGUUAAACUGCUGCCUAAGUCAUUGGAAUUUGAUUAUAUUAUACAGACUUAAGAAAUAUUCAUA